AUGGAUAUCGGAGACGUUUUGUUCAACGCAGCCGCCUUCCUGGCUGGCCUGUCGUUACUCGAACGCGGUGCUCGACUCUUUGUCUCCAGCGCCACCACCCUGGCGAAGCGCCUGCGCCUCCCAGACAUGCUCGUCGGCAUUCUCGUCGCGGGCGCCGAGUGGGAGGAACUGGCCGUCGUGGCGCUCAGUCUAGCGCAGAAGCGCCCUGCCCUCGCAGUGGGCAACAUUAUUGGCAGCACCAUCGCCAACAUCUUUGGCGCCUUUGCCCUGGGCCUCAUCUUCUCCACGAGAAACUGGGAUGGGUUCGAACGCGACUCCAAGGUGGCUUGCUUGGGAUUGCUGGCCCUCACCACCUUCGUGUCGCUGUUUGCGUUGGCUGAUAUCCUGUGGUACCGAGUCGUGGCGGUGAUUCUACUGGUAAUCUUUGUUAUUUAUGUUCUUGUUGUUCUGUGGUCCAUCUGGCAGGCCAUGUCUUAUACCAAGAAGGACGACGAUGCAGAGGACAUCGAGUCUGGAGCUGCACAUGAUCACCUAGAUGAUGCCUCCUCGAGCUCGUCAUCCGAGUGCCGCUCCGAAGGCGGUGGAGAGGAUGCCGAUGAGUCGACUGCUCUCCUCUCGAAGCCGGCGAGUUCCAAAAUUCACAGGCUUGGUCACAACAUCAUGCCCAUCUUGCAGCUCCUCGGCAGCUUCUUGGCUCUGGCACUGAGCGGUUUUAUUCUCUCGCGCACCUCGACGCUCCUCGCCGCGUCCUUUGACAUGUCGGACUCUGCGUUUGGCGCAACAAUUCUUGCGCUUGCAACCACGCUGCCGGAAAAGUUUGUGGCCGUGGCGAGCGGUAUCCAGGGCCACAGCGGUCUCCUCGUCGCCGACGCGGUAGGCAGCAACAUCUUUCUGCUGACGCUCUGCCUUGGCAUGGCAGCCUGGAGCGUUGCGGCACACCAGUGGCACGACCAUCCCGAGGAUGGCGGGCACAGCUUUGUAGACGUGUCGCGCAUUGAGGCCUGGUGGAUGUGGGCCGCGUCCAUUGCGUUGACGGCUGUCGUUUUCAUCGGAAGCAAAGACGUGUGCAAGGUUGUCGGGGUGAGGCAGUUGCUCGGAGCUCUGUUGUUGAUAGCAUAUGGAGGAUUCCUGGCCGUUGAAUUCACGGUUCUGAGAGAUUGA